AUACAGUGUAGUGAUGAUUAUGGGAGCAGCUCCAAACACGAACGGACCGCCACACAUUUCGGCCACUUAUACUUCAUACAUCAUGGGAACCACUGAUGUGCCAAACUGGAUUCGCAUGUCUGGAUCUACCCUUAAGUCGUCUUCAUCGCCUCGAUGUGCUAACAAUUUCCAGACUUUUGCUGGUUUUUAGUGUUGUAUCCUUCGUACCCCAAACCUAUCGCACUAUCACUAGAGCGAACAGCUCCGGCAUAUCAACAUACUACCUCCUUUUCAACCUUAUCUCUACAAUCGAACAAUUUACCUUGGCGUUCUUCUACAUUGAGAACAACUUCGGCGAUCCCGAAUUCUUCGUGCACAGUCCAAUCAACGCUGGGGACUGGCUCAACUUAGCACAGGAGGCUGUGGUAGUCAUCCUCUGGUUGACCUUAUUCGUGAUAUGCUUAUAUUUGCCUUCAGACCACCUCGACGGUUCAGCAAAAUUCGCAAUCACCACAUACAUCGCCUUCCUACUCAUCUCUGUUGUUCCACUCUUUAUUGAUGCCAUGGACCCGAAGACCUGGGAAGACCGUAAAUGGCCAAUGGCCCUGUUUCUAGGCAUCCACUCUCUAUACUUGAGUUGGAUCAUCACGGCAUUCAACAUCGCUGCAUUCUACUACCAAGCAAAACAAAUUCUUUCACGUCCUCCUCAGGACCAAGCUCUCGCUCAAGUAAGGCUCGCCAUCCAAGCGUUUGUUUUCGCAUUCAUGGCUGUUUCAUGGAUUGGAAGAGUCAGGUUCCCUUAUGAAGAAAUGGGGGGUUUUCCUUGGGCACAACUGUCAACUUGGUACGAAUUGGUUGGCUGGGCUGCUGUUGACCGUGGUAUCUUUGCACUUGGUCAAGCGGUUUUGCUGUGGAUGGUUAAGCGUCGUGGAGCUUCGGGUAGCGGAAAUUUGGACGGGGAGACCGAGCCGCUGUUGGGUGCGUGAUUGUCGGCGUGGCAAGCGGUGAUGCCUAUAGGUAUUGCUCACCGUACGUUGCAGGUUUGUGUAUAACCCAGGAAUGAGAGGUAUAAGACUAGUAACUGAUCCUGAAAAACUUCGAACAGUGGUCUAACGGCCGAUGGAACGAUUUCGACCCGUGGAAGUACCGUAGGGUACAGUCUGACAGCGGAACGUCUCUCUGAAAACACAUGGAUGACAAGGAAGGUUACAUACUUGCUGAUAAAGAGUUCAUCGCCACUAGAUUUAUUGACUGAAG